GCACCCCCAUGUUAUUUCCAAGAACAUGCCUAACCUUUUCUUCUUUCAUGUUCCCAUAGGUCUCACCCAGAGGCAGAACCAAAGGAUGAAGAUGAAGAGGGGGCACUGACAGGUCAUCCCAGAAACCCAAGCCAUGUUGCACUAUUUACUGGGGAACUCCCCAAUGUUUUGGGGGACACUCUGGAGAAAGAGCUGAUCAAGGAGCCCUCCAUGCCAGAACCCCUUCCAGCACCUCGCAUCACCAACAACAUCCUGGGGGAAGAGCUCACUGAGGAACCCUCCAUGCCAGAACCUCUUCCAGCACUUCGUAUCACCAACGACAUCCUGGGGGAAGAGCUCACUGAGGACCCCUUAGUGACAGAACCCCUUCCAGAACCUCGCAUGACCAAUGACAUCCGGCGGGAAGCGCUCACUGAGGAACCCUCCAUGCCAGAACCGCUUCCAACACCUGGCAUCACCAACAACAUCCUGGGGGAAGCGCUCACUGAGCAGCCCUCCAUGCCAGAACCCCUUCCAGCAACUCAUAUCACCAAUGACAUCCUGGGGGAGGAGCUCACUGAGGAACCCUCCGUGCCAGAACCCCUUCCAGCACCUCGCAUGACCAAUGACAUCCUGGUGGAAGAGCUCACUGAGGAAACCUCCAUGACAGAACCCCUUCCAGCACCUGGCAUGACCAAUGACAUCCUGGGGGAAGAGCUCACUGAGGAAACCUCCAUGCCAGAACCCCUUCCAGCAUCUGGCAUGACCAAUGACAUCCUGGUGGAAGAGCUCACUGAUGAACCCUCCAUGCCAGAACCUCUUCCAGCACCUCGUAUCACCAACAACAUCCUGGGGGAAGAGCUCACUGAGGAACCAUUCAUGCCAGAACCAAUUCCAGCACCUCGCAUCAACAACAACAUCCUGGGGGAAGAGCUCACUGAGGAACCCUCCAUGCCAGAACCUCUUCAAGCACCUCGUAUCACCAACGACAUCCUUGGCGAAGAGCUCACUAAGGAAAUCUACAUGACAGAACCCUUCCAGCACCUCGCAUGACCAAUGACAUCCUGGGGGAA